AUGGCGUCAAAAGGUUCGACGUUCGAGAAUACAUGGGCAGAUCAGUGGGAUUCGGAGCCGGCGUACGAAUAUAACACCACCACCAACAAGGACUCGGGUAGUGCUAAAUCUUCUUCCAAAUUCUCCGUUAAAAUCGGAGGCACAGUUGAUAAGACCAAAGCCGUGGCUUCCACCGGGGUGAAGAAAGUUAAGAGCGGAGCCUCCGCCGGCGUUAACUGGAUCAAAGACAAGCUCCCCAGCAAAUCCAAGAAAUGA